AUGAAGUCUUCCGGAAUUAUUACGCUCGCUGCCUUGCUUCCCUUCGCGCUGGCUAAGCCUCCCACACCUCCAGCUGGCAUGGAGGAGUGGUGCAAGCAAAAGGGCGACGAUCAGACACUCGAGUACAGAGAGAAACAGCAAAAAUGGAUCUGCGUGACGUCGGGACAUUCGGAUAUUUGCGGCACUGGCCAGGACCAGUCGACGUGGCAUAAGAAUCCCACAACGGGUAACUAUGGGUGCUGCAACAAGGGCGAGGAGUGGGUUGUGGAUGAGAAGAACAACAAGCAGGGCUCUUGCUGCGCCAAGGGCUCGAUUUACAGCUUUGAUGCUGCUGCUGGUGAAGGCGCCUGCUGCGACGAUGGACAGGUCUUCAAGAGUGGAUCCUGUACUGCCCCUGGGGGGAGUAAGAAACCUGAAGUCCCCUCCAGAACUUGCGGAGCCCACCUCAAGGAUGCCAGGCUGGAGAGCCUGCUUCGCACCUUGCUAGUGCCGUGCUUUCCCUACGGCCAGGAGACCUUGAACGUGUUCAUUGAAUAUUAUAUCUCCAUUCUUCAUGGCGGUCUCGAUAUCAUCGAGAUCAUCUACAAGAACGGCUGCGAUGAUUCGCAGCCUUGUCCUUCUCCCAGCCCUGACCCGAAGCCUCACCCGUGGUGGAACUGCGGCGACAAGGAGCCAUGCAGAUGGAUUUCCUUGGAAACCAACGACGUGAAGAAGCCCCUCGCGGCGACUGGCGCUAAUACAAAAGCCGAAUUACCUAACCCGAACUACCCAAAGGCGGACUAUGAAUACCCCUUUGAUGUGUGGUUGACCAAGUCCCCUGACGAUGACCUGGAUGUUUACAUCAAGGGCACAAAGAUCCAGCCUCAAGCGUCAGGGACGAGCUACUUGAUUCCUGGAGGCACCAAGGCUAAAGACGUUAAGUAUUCCUCCUCCAAAGGAGCACAGAUCAACUUCUACGGCAAAUGCACUAAGGAUACCCCGUGCAUCGGCAAGAGCGUGGAACCAUGGACUAAGAAAGUCGUGUAUCCUCCGCCCGGAAGUGAUGAGCUCGAUAUCGACGUCAGCAAGUACGACUUCGACUUCAUUUUUACCAUGACGGACGACUCGAUUACCACCGAGCAGUACACUGUGUACGCCGACGGCGAGAAGGUCGGCAUGACCCAUGGCCGGCUGACGCUAGGCAACGACAAGUAUAACACCGACCACAUCAACAUCCAGCAGGUGGGAGUUGCUCCGUAUGUCGUUGCCAAUGAUGGGUUCUGGGGAUCGUACUGGAUCUCGAAGGACACACAAAAGAUCACGGUGAAGAUGACCGAUCGCGAGGCGGCCUAUCCCACGGAUGAAUGGUCGUACCGCAUUGAUAAGCUCUGUGAUUGCUAG